AUGAGCGACCAACAAAAGGGAUUGAUCCCAACCUUUGAUGAGUUACUGCCUGGCAUAGACCACAGGUUUUGUGUCAGGCACUUAUAUAGCAACUUCAGAAAAAGGUUCCAAGGUGUUCAGCUAAAGAUGAUGAUGUGGAGGGCUGCAAAGGCAACAUAUGUCCAGGAAUGGGAGAGGAGGAUGAAGGAGAUUCAGCAGGUUGAUCAAGGAGCUUAUAAUCAUCUCAUGGAGAUCCCUGCCAAGUAUUGGAGCAAGUCCAGGUUUAAUUAUUUUCCUAGAGUUGAUACACUUGUUAACAACAUGUGUGAGUGUUUUAACUCUGUUAUUGUAGAGGCUAGAGAGAAACCCAUUGUGUCCAUGCUAGAAGACAUUAGGGUUUAUCUAAUGAAUAGGUGGCCUGAUAACAGACAAAGUAUAGUUACAUAUGCCGGAAAAAUAUUGCCAAAAAUAAACAAGAAAAUUGAAAGAGAGUCUGAUAAGGGUGGGGAGUGGUUGGCCAUAUAUGCUGGUAGGGACAAAUAUGAAGUAGGGAAAGAGACCUACGUGGACUGCUACCAACAUGUAAUCUACCCACUGAAUGGACCAAAUCUCUGGUCCCGGACUGAGAAUGAUGAUGUGCUGCCACCAGUGUUUAGGAAACCAAUAGGGCGCCCAAAAAUGAGGAGGAACAUGACUAGUGAUGAGCCACGCAACAAUGGACCACUGUCUAAGUUAUCCAGGACUGGACAACAACAAAAAUGUUCAUAUUGUUUUGCACUUGGUCACAACAAAAGAACCUGCCCUAGAAAAUGUAAGAUGGAGGCCGCAGCAAAAAAGCAGAAUGCAACUGCACAAGCCAAGAAAGGGGCCAAGAAAGGGGCUGGCACAACUAGGACUCCAAAAUCUAACAAGAUCCCUGCCAAGACAACAACACAACCAGCAACAAGACUUUAG